CAAUUAUCCAGCCAAUCACAUUCCGACGCCUUUAUUUGCAUACGAGAACGAAGAUCUAUGUCGGAGUAACCUCGAAGACCUUGUGCUGAUUUUGAUUCCGAGCAGAGUUCUCGCAUUCGACAAGCGAGUCGUCGUUCGCCAUACCUGGACAGAUGUGUUGACGUAUUCAAGAAGGGCAGUUUGGAACUACAAAUUAGUUUCCAUGGUGUCGCUGCCAGCCAACAAAUACGAGCAGCAAAUAAUCCAAACUGAGAAUGAACUCUGGGGCGACAUUGUGGUUCUGAACUUGCGAGACAGCUACUACAAACUCACAAUUCAGAUGUUGAUGUCGUUCGAGUGGGUACACAGACACUGUUCUAAUUCAAAGAUGGUCUAUAAGGCUGAUGAUGACACUUACAUCAAUUUGGCUAUGCUGGAAGAGAUCAUCAGCAAUCGGUUCAAAGGCAAUGUUGGAAUCAGAAGGCUUACGGAUGAGCCGAUUUUCGUUGGUGGAUACUGCACUGAAGGAAACCCGGUGUUCCGAACAGUCGAUGAAUUCACACGAAGAUGGGUUGUGACCCAAGAAGAAUAUCCCUCUCAAUCUUACCCCCCUUGUUGCAGGGGGGCGUUCUAUUUCAUCUCGACUUCGCUAACCUCCAAAAUAGCCCGAAAUUGUCCUUACCAUUGCACUUUACAAACGAAUCGAAACGUGAAGUCUCAAAACUGUUUUUGGAAAUUCGAAGAUGUGUUCUUGGGAUCCUGCCUGUCAUCUAUUAGCCCUAAGCCGGCUUCAGUUAAUGUCCAGAAUGUGUUUUGGUUGUCAGAUGAAACAGAAAAACCGGCUAGUUUAUACGAGAGCACAGCUGUUAUUCACCCAUUAAAAAGUGUAUCGGACAUUUUGACUCAUCACGCAAAGUAUCAAUCAAUCUCUAGAAAACGCUUAAAAGAAAAAAUAGACAGACAUAUGAAAAAUUUAGUCAGCAAAAUCUCGUUGAAAAAAUCGUUGAAAAAACAUCAAAAAGACUAA